GUCUCCAGUUUGGGCAGGCAGAAAACAAGAAAAUGAGUUACGUAACAGUCUUUGGCUUGCUGUGUCUGGCGGUGUCAAUACAAACAGAACUGACAACUAAAACCCCCUACAUCAUUACUGUAAAAACCGGCACGAAAUUCGCUGCGGGAACCGACGCUACUGUUUUCAUGAAGUUGAACGGCCUCAAAGGCACGACUAGCAAGGUUGUAAUCGAAGACAAAAAUGCAACAUAUUUUGAAAUGAAUUGUGCGGACCAUUUCAUUAUAAUGGACGAUGAUGUUGGUCAGAUAACUUCAAUAGAGAUCGGACAUGACAACAGCGGCAUCGGUCCAGGGUGGUUCCUUGACAACGUUGAGGUAGCGCAAGUGAUCGGUGUUUAUGACAACAUUACUGAAGUACCUAGUUUAAUUAAGACCCGGUUUGACCUUCAAGAAUGGAUACCCAAAGAUGAGAAGAGCAAGAAACUAGUGAAGAUCAUAACAGCUACAUCGACAGAGACCAAACCAAUUUAAACUUAGUGUCAAGGGGAUGUCUGUCAUUGGACACUGUCCUAACAAGUUUGGACUUAAAUAUGUCUAGAAAUACAUCUCAUAACUGUGUUUAAAAAAAGUCCCAUGGCAUUUACAACUAUCAGAAAUUUAAGUCUAGAAAAAGUUUUAAGCGUGGUUUAAAUUUAACAAUUAUUUAAUAAAAAAUAUGUACUGAAAAGUAUUUAAGUUUAAAUUUCUUUAAAUAUAUAAAAUGUUAAUAGUAGUUGUUUAGAUGAU